AUGUUGACCGACCUGAUCCUUCUGCUCUUUCUCUUCCUCCUAAUUGGGGGGAUUCUUGUAUUCGUCACAUCACUUUCGACGCCACCAUCCACAUCGACGCAGGUGGGCAGUUCGAGCAUCGAUUGGGGCAAGGGCGAGGUGAAGCUGCGCACCUCCAUGCGACCCGUCACCCAACAGCACUUGCUCGAACACGCCGAGAGAAGCGGGCACGAGGGCGGAAGGUUCGUCACGCAACAUGCACAGAGCUUCAGCUUUGGCAAGAAAGACUCCUAA